AAAGAAAUGGAGACGUUCGGCUACAAUCAAGGGUGGCCGCCAGGGUCGAAAGCGUCCUACAAUACGGUUCCUUCAAGCGACGGCGUCAACGGCGGUCUGAAAGAGUAUCGGUUCGGUGACGUAUCGGCAGCGUCUGUCAGUUCCAACAUCGCGAGUCCAAUUUCUCUGAGGAACGGUCAAUCGAUUACAAGGGCAAACAGCGUAUCUCCAAUGCUGGAGAAACGUACUAAUGGCAGCGCCACGAAGUUCGACACUAUCUCCAGGGUUUGUUCGAAGCGUUCUGAGAGCGACGGUCAGAAAUUCUGGUCCGUCAAGUCCAGCGACAGUAGGUCGCACGAUUUCAAUAUGCGACUUGACACGUCAUUCGAUAUAUUGAUCGAUGCCCUACAACUAUAUGCUGACAAGUUUCGCGAAGAACUGAACGCACUGAAAGAGCUUGACACCGAAUCGUGUGUCUAUCCGGACCAGCAGAUGAAAAUCACCGAGCGUUAUCUCAAGAGACUCGAGUUCAAAGUGAGUGCCGCUCGUGAGUUGAAGGAGCAGUAUGAGCAGAUAUACACGUGGAAGCAGGAGGCGACUUUGAGUCGAAGAGGACUGACCGGCAAGGCGUCUCAAAGUCUGAAAAGCGGCUUGAAGCAGCUCAGCGACAAGGUGAUCAAAAUUCAAAGCGAGCUGGAGGCACUGACAGGCAAUCUGAAGUUCGUUCCGAAGGGCAUCGUCGGCUUCGCGCGACUAAUGUCCGGGGACAUCUACGAAGUUUCUCUGAAGCACGGAAAUCAGAAGUGGCGAUGUCGCACGAAAAUUGGCGCCAAUAGAAAACAUACGUGGAUUCCGAGUGAAGUGCUUUUCAAAUGUCUUCUGGAUGACCUGCUUGAAAUAAAGGUUUACGAAGUCAAGGGUUUCGGCAAAUGCUUGCACCUGUUCGAAAACACCAUCGAUCCGAUGGAACUGCUCAAGCCCGAUGCCCAGCUGAUGAACAUGGAUCUGAACCGCUCCGGCACGCUCAAACUUAGUAUGAUGAUCAGCUGGGAUGCCUUGGAUCUGAACUGCAUCAUGCAGUUGCCGGUCGUCGGCGCCAGCUCCAGGUCACUCACGAACCUGAACGAUACCGGAAAGAAGAAGGUCCGACCGGUAACCUGGUACCCGAACAUGAACGAAGUCGGUACUACAGUAAACGGCUCGCAGAUGCCAAAACUCGUUGAUUCUCUUCCGCGAAGGAGGACAACUGAAAUCGGCGUUAACAUCAUCCCGCGCAUUUCGCCCAAGCCCCUGAUCCAUUCCGAUGACCCCAUUUUGACGUUGCUUCAAAAGGUCAAGAAUAGUGUCGAAGCUCUGACGGACGAAUACGUUCAGCUGAAUGACUUGGUGGUUGUGCUAACGCAGCUGCUUAUCGAAUAUAAGGGGUACCGCAUUCGAGUUUCGCCAGGUUCAGAUUCUAUGAAGAAUACGUCUGAUCUUAACCGUCAUAUGGCCAACCUGAACUUAGAAAGUGAGAAAAUGGCCAGUUUAUCAACGCCGAUGACGGGGCACGGCCCCCUUCGUUAUCGUGAACGCAUGUCGAUUGUGAAACUGUUGUCGGAGACGGUUAUCUUGGCGCACCUCAAACGUCUUAUAGAGUCAGCUCCUCAGCUACCAAAGAUUACCCAAGUGCUCGCUGAUCAACGUACGUCAACCGACCUGCAGAACGUGUGGUUGUCUGCCUGCAGGAAGCAGAGCCGAUUCACUUUGCCUAGCAACGUUCUUUCAGAUGAGAUCAGCAGGUGGUACAGCGUCAUCGUUACCUGUCGCUAUCCAGAGUUGCAGAAUAAAGGCUCUCUCCUUCUGGCAUCGGAGACGCUGCAAUGUCUUGAAUGUAAUGUGGCUCUCAGGCAGCUGAAUUUUCUGGAAUGGAAGAAAGCGUCGAAGCUGUCUUUCAGGAUUAUAGUAAUCCAGUAA